AUGCCCGCCCAACCACCUCUGUCUGUCUGUCCGUCAGCCCAACCACCUCUGUCGUGCCGUGCCUUUAACCCCCUCUGUCUGUCUGUCCGCCCAACCACCUCUGUCGGUCUGUCCGUGCCCGCCCAACCACCUCUGUCUGUCUGUCCGUGCCCGCCCAACCACCUCUGUCUGUCUGUCCGUGCCCGCCCAACCACCUCUGUCUGUCUGUCCGUGCCCGCCCAACCACCUCUGUCUGCCCGCCCAACCACCUCUUGUCUGCCCGCCCAACCACCUCUGUCGGUCUCUCCGUGCCCGCCCAACCACCUCUGUCUGUCUGUGUCUGUCUGCUUGUCCUGCCCCUACCUCUGUCUGUCUGUCCAACCACCUCUGUCUGUCCAUUUUCUGCCCCUAUCCGUCAAACCCUCUUUUCGGUCUCUUUUCUCACCAUCCUCCCCACCCUCCCCUCCAACAACUACUGCUACUACCAACACCUCCAGUGUUUCCUCAUCUUCCUCAUCCUUCCUAGUUUCACUGGUAUCUUCCUUGGCUUCAAAACAGUCGCAACUUAACAAACAUGCUGCCAGUGGCAAUCUUCAUGAUUUGCAGGUACUACUUGAUUUUUACCACAAACAACACCAACAUGAAAACAAGGACUUAGAAAUUCUCCAGGCUUCAAUUGCUGCUGCCAUGGUCUAUGCCGCUCAAUCUGGACAGCAAGAAUGUCUGAGAUUGCUGCUGAAAUAUGUCUCCUCUGAUUGCGCCUCAGAAAUGGGAUUCUAUCCUCUCCAUGCUGCUGCAAAAAAUGGACACAAAAGUUGUCUUGAAGUUUUGCUGGAUUCUGGCGCCAAUGUGAAUUCUGCAGAUCCUUCUGGAUGGAUCCCUCUUGAAUGGUCGGCAGCUAGUGGUUAUGAAGAUUGUUGUUUACUUCUGCUGAACAAAGGAUCCAUCUUGAAUCUUACUAAAAAGGAAAAUACAUCAACCAUUUUUCACCACACAGCUCGCAGUGGAAAUACAAAAUGUCUUGAGAUCCUAUUGCUGAAUUUAAAUGGUAAAAAAGCUUGUGAGGAGAACAUUCCAAGCCGAGAAACAUUAACUGAAUUUGUCAAUUGUCAAAAUGAAGAUGGACAAACUGUCUGUCAUUUGGCUGCUAUGAAUAAGUCAGAGGAUUGUCUGGAAAUGAUUCUGAAAUUGGCCGAUGCUGAUCUUCUGCUUACAGACAAGCAAGAACAAUCUGUGUAUGAUGUAGCCUCACCUGCCUGUCAUUAUUUUCUUUCUCAUAAAACCAAAGUUCCCAGUCGUAACUGCUCUGUAAUUCUGCAAGUCAAACAAUUCCUGGAUAUUUCGAAUCCUGCUCAAGAGUCUAGAGAUAACAAAAUAUCAUCGGAGAAAAUUCCAGCCCAAAUUUCACUGUUUCAUGUUGGAUCCAUGAACAUCCAGCCAAUUACAUCAUGGGCACAAUUUCAAGAUUUGCUUCAUAAUACUGUGCACACAUACUAUCGACUUCUUGAUCAUGGCUUCCACACCAACAAAGCUACUCAACUGAAUUCUGCUGCAGACCCUGAACAAACCCCAUUUACACUGGGCUUUUCUCUCAACAAUAUUAAGAAAUAUUCCAUUGGAUCUUUUGAAUUGAGUGUUACUCAAGAAUUUCCUUCUGUGACUCCAUACGAAUUGAUUAAUGAAAAUUGUGAAGAUGACAAGGCUUCGGUGUCUGUCACAAUUGAAGAUACAGAUCUUUCUAGCAUGUCGUUGGCUUUUUCCCUUCUAAUGCCACACCAAACAAUACAAAGUUAUUUCCGAUUGCUGGAACAAUACAAAAAUGUUGUGUUUUAUGGCCCUCGUUACACACAAAAGAGGAAAUUAUCACAACAAAUUGCCAGGUACAUUGCGGCUAAAGAAGCGAAAGAUGGCUGUUUUGCUUCAAUUAUUUACGUCAAACUUCAUCCAAAUUACACCAAACAAGACAUCAACAAAAUGUUAAUUGAAAAUGGUUGCAUGGUCCCAAUAAAAACUGAAAACACCAAUCGUCUUGCUCGGAUUCUCAUCCUUGAUGGAUUAGACAGGAUCAGUAUUCCUGAUGUCCUGCACAAUUUGCUUGAGGCUAUUGAACACCGAGGACAAAGGUAUACCUUCAAAGUGACCUCAGAUGAUGACACUAACCUGACUUGUUUCCUGGUUGACCGAUUUUAUGUGAUUGGUACCAUGAAUAAAUUACGAUUGUCAGGGUUGAAAGUAUCUGUUCAACAACGUUUCCGCUGGGUGCAAUUUCGUGUUAAUAUGGAACCAAUUCUUGGCCUUUUGGCUCGGCAUCUCCUCGUUCGUGUCUUACAGUGUAACCAUGGAAAAUUGCCUGCCUCAUCUGAUCCAGUUUACCGAGCUGUUGAAUGGGUCAUUAGCGUAUGGCAGAAACUGAAUGACUCCCUUUCAAAAUUGGGCUUGCCUGAUGCCAUUAUGGGUCCAAGUCUCUUCAUGUCUUGUCCUGUUCAGAGUGGAAAACCAGAAGCAAUUUAUCGUUGGUUGAAAGAAAUUUGGAAUGAAGAAAUUUCACCUGCAAUUUACCAAACAACAGUUGCCAACCAUUCUGUGAUGAAAGAGAACAUUCCUGGCAGUAAUUUUGAGAAAGUGGCUCACAAGGCAUUGUACAUUUUGUUACAAAGAUCUGUCUCAUCAGGAUGCCCUCUGACUGGUCAAGAGAAAACUUCUUACCUGAAGGAAUUUAAUGGCCAUCAUAAUUCCGAGGGAUUUACGAAGACUUAUCAAGCAGAGCAACGAUUCCCUGCCUCUUCAAACCAGCAGGAGCAUCCAUUUUGUCACACAUCCCACAUCACACCUGCUUGUGUGACGACAACGACAACUACAGCUUCAAGCACUUCACCUUUGUCUCCAUGCUCACCAAAUGCUACUUUCUCAACUUCAAGCUGUAAUGGAAACACAAACGAAGAAAAGGACUUUGCUGAUUUGAAGAAUCUGAACAUCUUCAGUUCCAAACGAAGCCUCCCAGAAUCAACGUUAUUGAAAAAAGCCUGUGACCAAUUAAAAGAUCCUAUGGAGACAAAUGAAUCUUGCCCAAAGAUGAGGAAACUUGAGAUCAGAUCUCCCAAAUCAAUUUUUGAUCCAAGCAACAGCAACAGCAGCAGCAGUUCUUUGCCUUCUUCCAAUUUUUCUGCCUCAAACAUCCGAACAGGCCUUAGUUGCUUCAAAACAAAAUCGGCCAACAGUAUUAGUGGUAGUAAUGUUGACAACAAUAACAGCAAACCAUCUGAUUCCAGGAAUUCUUUCUCUGAUGAUCCUCUCCCGAGUCCGAGUGAAAGAAGCAAACGAAAUCCAAGUUCUUUCACUUUUUCGCUGGCCUCUCCAUCCCCAACUCUCAAUUCUUUCAAGUUUGUCGAAACUAGCCCCCCAGUGAAACUUGCAUUGAGUUGCGAACAGCGAGAACGGCAGCAGCAGCAACCAGCACCUGUUGACAUCCAGUUGGUUCCUGCAGUUGACAAUUCUACUUCUGCGACUGCCAUGGAGACUGUACAGCCCCCCACAAAACUCUGCUAA